AUGGCUUCUCCGGCGAUAGCAUUGGCUUUUAUUCCUCUCCUACUGACAUUGAUCAUCCGUUACCGCUAUUACUUUGUGUUGCUGUAUCGGGCCGUUCUGAUCCGCUGGGUGAGAGACUGUUUAUCGGGCAUCAGUCGAGAGGAACGGGCCUAUCAGUACAUUCUGACCCACGCCACACCCGGUGACCCCCAGAGCAUCCUGGACACCUUUGACCUGUGGUGCAGUAAAGUGGAGUUUAUAAGUAACAUCGGCCCAAAGAAAGGUAAGAUUCUGGACCGGAUACUUCAGGCUCACUGUCCACUCACAGUACUGGAGCUGGGCACACACUGUGGAUACAGCACUGUACGCAUGGCACGCUCACUGCCCAUCGGCGCCCGAAUUUACUCUGUUGAGAUGGAUGAGCGAAACGCCGCUGUGGCAGAGAAGGUCAUUCGUCUGGCGGGUUUCGACGAUGACAUGGUGGAGCUGAUGGUGCGUCCGUCAGAUGAAGUGAUCCCACGUUUACGUGAGGACUUCGGUGUUGAGCGUCUGGAUUUGGUGUUUAUGGAUCACUGGAAGCGCUGUUAUCUGCCUGACCUGCAGCUGUUGGAGGGCUCCGGUCUUCUCGGUGAAGGAUCUCUCAUCAUAGCUGACAACGUCAUUUUUCCGGGAGCACCAAACUUCUUGCGUCACGCUCGCCGCUCGGGCCUCUACGAGGUGAGGGUUCACCGGGCCACGCUGGAAUACAUCCGAGGAAUUCGUGACGGCAUGGCUGAGCUGACCUUCCUCGGCAUCAAGUGAAGGAUCCCACUUUCACCUCAUCACGUUUACAGCUUUACUUUUUUGACUGAAUCGGGCAGACCCUAAUAUACACAAAUAUGAGAAGAGAACGAAAAGAAGGAUUCCUCAGGCAUCA